AGAAGUAGAAGAAUAAUUCCAGUAGGUGGCAGUCGAGUACAGUCACGGAAGCGCCCGUUGUUGUACCAGUUCCUUUAAGGAUGUCCAAGUUUUGUAGUUCCUGUGUUGUUGACCUGUCAGCCUUGUAGUACAGACUGUCACUGCUGAGAAUUUGUCUGUCCUUCUGGUUGAUGCGGUAUUUUGACAGCGACACAGAAAAUACUGGGACGUUGGACGCACAGGAUUGUUCAUCUUUACCGUUGUCACUUGUGCUAGCGAACUAGCGAGCUAACAGCUAAAGUUAGCUAAUAGGCGGCCAACUUUAAAAGGUAGAUUGGUAACUAGCAACUGAGGGUGGCUAGCAGCGUUAGCUAGCUUUCUUGCUUUCAGCCAGCUAGCCUGCUGGCACUGCGAGGGUAGGAAGCCGCCCACUCGUGCAAGGCAGCAUUCCGAAAAAAAAAAAAAACAGCGAAAGAUGGAGGCCCAAAGCUCCAGCACACUGCUGCUGUCAAGAAAGAGAAGAAGAGAUGGCUCCAAUGGGGAGGCCGAGGAGGGUGAACGGUUUGGGAAAAUCCCCAGGUGUACUGUGGGGCUCAGGCACCCUGUACCCUUUGCAGAUGAGCUAGAGCCAGCUGAUAGUAAAGCUUACAAAAGAGUCAGCAUGGAAGAGGCCAAGAGGGGAACACCACCUGAAAGACCUGUGAGGGUCUAUGCAGAUGGCAUCUUUGAUCUUUUCCACUCAGGUCACGCCAGAGCCCUCAUGCAGGCUAAAUGCCUCUUCCCAAAUACACAUCUCAUUGUUGGAGUGUGCAGCGAUGACCUGACUCACAAGUACAAGGGCUUCACAGUGAUGAACGAGGAUGAGCGAUAUGAUGCUAUCAGACAUUGCCGCUAUGUGGAUGAAGUAGUGCGAAACGCCCCCUGGACGUUAACGCCAGAGUUUCUUGCAAAACAUCGUAUUGACUUCGUGGCCCACGACGACAUCCCAUACUCCUCAGCGGGCAGUGAUGAUGUUUACAAGCACAUUAAAGAAGCUGGUAUGUUUGCACCCACCCAGCGGACAGAGGGCAUCUCCACCUCUGACAUCAUCACUCGCAUAGUCCGCGACUAUGAUGUAUAUGUCAGGCGCAACCUGCAGCGAGGGUACACAGCCAAGGAGCUCAACGUCAGCUUCAUCAAUGAGAAGAAGUACCAUCUCCAGGAACGCGUGGACAAGGUGAAGAAGAAGGUGCGUGACGUAGAGGAGAAGAGCAAGGAGUUUGUCCAGAAGGUGGAGGAGAAGAGCAUCGACCUGAUUCAGAAAUGGGAAGAGAAGUCCAGGGAGUUUAUUGGAAACUUCCUGCAGAUGUUUGGCCCUGAGGGAGCCUUGAAACACAUGCUGAAGGAAGGACGUGGCCGCAUGUUGCAGGCCAUCAGUCCCAGACAAAGCCCCAGCAGCAGCCCCACCCGCGAGGAGCGCUCUCCCUCUCCCACCUUCCGUCUCCCCUUCUUCUCCAAGACCUCCCCGCCCCCCUCACCUCCCCAUCACAGUGGGGCCCGCGGAUACCUCAUCAGCGAGGACGACGACGACGAAGACGACGAGAACUAGACUUCGUUCGCGCUCUCUGCUGUCAGGUCGCAGUCAGCUCUACUAAACUGGUAGCACUGUCGAGUAGCGUGAAUUUCAUUGAGCUCCUGCUUUAAAUGUCUUUUUGUUUUAUGGUUUUACUUUGACCUUUAGGACUUCACUGUCAUUAAAACAGCCAGGUUUUGUUUUUUUUUAAACGGCCAAUUUUAUCCUAUUUGUUCCUGUGUAAGGAUCAGUUAAAAUUAUGGCUGUAGUCACUUGAGUUCUGUACAGGUAAGUUUCAUUUAUCUUUCACUUUGUUUGCGUUGGGGUUUUUUUUGUGUUGUUUUUUUAGUCACUCACUGUCACAGAUAUUUCACGCGGUGCACUCGUCUACCACGGUAUUAUUAAGGUUAGCAUUGUAUUGCAUUAGGAGUGGGUCCCCCCGCCAUGGCUUUGACACCAAAUUCGGUGUCGGAAAGGUCAGCCGAGGAAUCACGAAGACACUGUUGGGUAUCUCGGGCUGCAGGUUGUCAGAGCAGGUCAAUUAAUUGAAGUUUUACGUGCCCUGGCUCAUGCAACGGGGCAAUUUAUAUUCUGCUCAUACUAACAAAACAAAGACCUGGCUCUUUUUUUUAUUUCUCAUUGUUAAAAUAACCAGGAAACUCCAGAUCCUGUGUGAGCUGAAUCUGAGAGUACACUUGUUCUACUAAACAGCAGCAUUUUUCCAAUGUGUGUGUGUGUGUGUGUGUGUGCGCGUGUGU